AUUUAUAUAUGCCUACUUAAGGUUGAAAGCAGCGGCACAUGUGAAAUAUUUUUCAAUUGAAAAAUUUCUGGAUGCAAUUUUUUUGAUUUGAGGCUAACAAAAUAUGAACUAACUGACAAAAAAAUAUUCUCUAGUUUUUCAUAUUCUAAACUGCUAGAUACUUGCGAAAUUUGACUCAGCCGCCUUGCCCCGUUGUCAAACGUUUCAAGUAAAUUUUCACAGCCUGUCUACAAGAGACAUUGUUGAUCUGUUGUCAAUCUUGGACAGUUCUAACAGAUGCUGAAUUACAAAUGUCGGACGGAUACACACAUGUGACGAAAUUUGUCUGCAAAUUAAGGCUGCAUUUGCUAAAUUCCGUGUAACUUUAUUAUAUUUUUUGUGCUUUUACAACGUGUAAUACUCAACUUUACCAGAAUGUUAUAUUUAGAGGAUUACCUAGAAAUGAUCGAACACUUACCUCAAGAACUCAGGGAUAGAUUUACUGAUAUGCGUGAAAUGGAUUUAGGCAUACACAACAACAUGGAUGAACUUGAAAAAAGAGUGAAAACAUUCUUUAGUGAAUGUCGAAAGUAUCAAAAACAAGACAUUCCACCGAACUUAGAAGAUGAAUACCAGGGCAUAAGAAAAGAGUACUAUAAAUCCCUAGAGGACGCUGAUGAAAAGGUUCAUUUAGCGAAUACCAUGUAUGAUUUGGUGGAUAAGUAUCUCAGAAGACUGGACUCGGAGCUGCACAAGUUCAAGUGCGAGCUCGAAGCGGAUAACAAGGGAAUUACUGAGGUAUUGGAAAAAAGAUCGCUUGAACUAGAUACUCCAACUCCGGUAUCGAACAUUCUGAGCCAACAAAAGGAAAAUAGGUAUGACAGCCUAAGCUCGAACAGUUACUCACAUCGAUACUCCAGACCGAGGAGCGAAAAACGGCGCGAGAGCAGCACCUUGUUAUCAACCAGUCAGUUUGGGGAGAAGCGACAAAUUUCGCAGGCUGCUUCACCAGCUAUUGUAGCAGCAUCUCCGUCUUUAGUGGAUACACGUCACACCAACUCAGUUCCAUCUCAAAAUAGUAACUCUACCACUAGCACACCUUCAGCUGGAAUUUCUUAUGGGCUGGGACAUGGAAUAGGAGCGGGUACAGCUAUAGCUGCUGCCGCAUCGCAAGCUAUCGCUGCCACCCAACAGAUGCAACAGGGAAGAAGGACGGCAAGCUUGAAGGCUUCGUACGAGGCGAUUAACACCAGUAGUUUGCAGGAGUUUAUUCCUCGUGAAUUGGCAGGAGCUGCUCAAACGGCUAUUCAGGCCAUUCAACAAGACCAUGCCAACAACAGGAAGAAGCAAAAAAAAUACAGCAACAACUUGUCUAGUUCUUCGUCGACAAUGCAGCAGGUAGUGCCAAGCCAAGUCCAAACCCACGCGGUAGUUCAAGAAGUGAAUGCAACUGAAAUGGAUACUGCUCCAAUUGAAGUAACCGAAGGCGAAUGGACUUACGAUCCGAACGAGCCUCGGUAUUGCUUGUGCAAUCAGGUGUCUUAUGGUGAUAUGGUAGCUUGCGAUAAUGAGGAGUGUCCAUCGGAAUGGUUUCAUUAUCCAUGUGUUGGUAUAACGGCACCUCCAAAGGGCAAAUGGUACUGUCCUCAAUGUACGACCACGAUGAAGAGACGAGGUGGCAGAAAAGCUUGAAUAAUGCAAUCAAAUGCAUGCAGAUCGUAACCAUCAGGAUUCGGCAAUCCUAAUGGUUAGACAUUUCUAUAUACGAAUGUAAACUGGCUAAAUUCAAAUAGUAUUGAUGUAUUCAGUUUGAUUUUUUACAAUAAUUGUAUAUUUAAACACUGUCGAAAAACGUUUAAAAAAGUACAAAAUGAUUGUUUGGCUGAAUGCCGAGCAUGAAAAUGAAUAAAUUCUAUACAACGUUAUCAAGCGCACAUAAUUAAUAGUUGUUCCGUUGGAAGGUUGGAAGCUUGUUUAAAUGGGAAUCUUUUUUUAAAUACGCUCCUGAACUUGUAUACGCUUAUUUUUCCUAUUAUAUGUAGAACGUGUAAUGCUGUGGAGUUUUUUUAUUGUGUAUCUAAUAAAUCCAGUUGUUCAAUUGUG